UUGGGGUUUAACCAUGUGGGGAGGGGCUUUGCCUUUUUGGCUUGAAACUCCUUGGUUCAAUUAGGGUUUACAAGUUCUAUUUGUUCCUGAAUUAGGUUUUUGUCUGAGGCGGCUAGGGUUUUUCUUUGACCUUCCUGUCUCUAUAUAAAUUUUUUUUCGCUGCCUUCCAUCUUAUUUUUCGUAGUAAACUCCCUCUGUCCCUAGGACUUCCCAGCAAUAAAUACUGGAAAAGUUCUUAAAAAUUUUCGCAUUUCUUUUAUUCAAAUUUCUCAGAAUUCUGUCUUCAAACUCGUUUUUUGAUCCAAAUUCUCAUCUGGGUUUUUUUUUAAUUCUUUGCUAAGCAUUUUAACAAUCAUCAUCUCCAUUCUCAAUUUAUCCAAUUUGGAUUUUCUUCUGAUACUGAUAGCCUUGAUCCAAUACACUUUUGGAGUUGACGUUGGUAGAUUAAUUGAAAGUUGAGUAUUGGGAUAAAGAUCGAUUCUGUUCUAAACCUUUAAUAGUCAUGAAUACGAGUUAUCCUGAAUCUUGCUCUUCCUUUAUGAGACUGCCGCAAUCAACUUAUGCUGGCAGUGACGCCAUUGGGAUUUGGCCUGAAUUUGCUAUGAAUGAUGGGCAAUUUGACCCACAUUCAGAGUUUGAACAACAACCUCCCUUUAAAAGACCUAGGCAUUCUGAGGACAGCCAAUCGAAUGUCGUGCAUUGUCUGCCUACCAAUUCAAGGAUGCCCUUAAAUCCUCCUGUCAAUAAAGGAACGAGUAAUAUUUUCUUUAAGACUCGUAUGUGUGCGAAAUUUAGAUUGGGUACUUGUAGGAAUGGUGAAGGUUGCAACUUUGCUCAUGGCAUUGAGGAUCUGCGUCAGCCUCCUCCUAAUUGGCAAGAACUUGUUGGUGGACGUGAUGAAGAGCGUCCAUCAGGGAAUUGGGAUGAUGACCAGAAGAUAAUCCAUCGGAUGAAGCUGUGUAAGAAAUUUUACAAUGGAGAAGAAUGCCCAUAUGGGGACAGAUGUAAUUUUCUUCAUGAAGAUCCAUCAAAGUUCAGGGAUGAUAUGGGGAGGUUUAGAGAGAGCUCAGCUAUUAGCAUUGGGACAAUGGGUCCACCAGGCGGGCAUGGAACUGCAUCUGAUCAAUCAGAAGGUAAUAGACCUUUAAACAGCACUACUUCAGAUGCAUUUCGAGGUAAUAUGAAGCCUGUGUAUUGGAAAACAAAGUUAUGUACAAAGUGGGAGACAACAGGUCAUUGCCCCUUUGGUGAGAAAUGUCACUUUGCUCAUGGGCAUUCAGAGUUACAGGGGAUAGGCGGACGCGUUGAUGGGGAUUUUGGAAAUACAUGUUCUGGUUUGACAAGAACUGGUUCCAUUUCCACAAAAGUUCAUAACCUUCCUGCUAAUGAUGCACCUUCAGUGACAGCAAGUGUCCCUUCUUUAAAUGAAGAAGCCCAGGCUAAGAAAUGCUUGUUCAAAUGGAAAGGACCGAGGAAAAUCAAUAGGAUUUAUGGGGAUUGGCUCGAUGAUCUGCCAUUGGUACAAAAUAUGCCCAGUCAGGUGGAGAGCUGAGUUCAAAUUCAAGUUUAACAUCGGACCUGAAGAUAUAACAAGAAUUUCUUUUGAGUUCUAUUUUUGAGAGUUUGGCCUCCAUUGAGUCAUUUAAAGAACGUGAACCUUUUUCUUUUCUUAAUCUUAGCAAGGAAAUCGUGUUCCUUUUGAAUAUUAGUAUGUUAGCUAUGGUUGUCUGGCCGUAACUCAUAGGGAAUUGUCUCUCUUUCUUUCUUCCUUCCUUUGUGACCCUCCCUUUUAAGGGGUUGAUAAAGCAAAUAGUAAAAAUGCAUUAAAAAAUGAGAGUAUCAAAUGAAAGCAAGAGUUUGAAUAAAAGAUAUAAUAUUGA